AUGCCUAAGACCUCCCCUGCCGCCAUCACUCCAGCCCGUCCAGGUUCAGCAGUUCCGGAAUCCACUGCUUCCAGAGCCUCUGAAGUUCGUCCACGAUCAGAGCCAAGGAUCGAGGACUCAGAAAAGCCAGCUCAGGUGGACCAUCAGAGGACUCCACCACCAGGGUCUGGGAUGGGUAGGGGUGCUGCUAGCAGUCAGGCAGAAACGCCCCAAGUUCCAGUCACUCCUGAGAUGCAAACACCACUUUUUUCGGAAGAACAGUUGCGGCAGAUGGCACUGCUGCAUAGUCAAGCUCCAUGGUUGUACCAGGAACGGCCAUCUCGCACGUUUUUCCCAUCAAUUCGAAGACCAUCCUUUCUAGACAGAGAAGAAGCUAGGUUGGAUGCUGAAUCAAAUGAACUAGCGGUGAUGAAGUCAUACAUGAAAGACCUGAUAGCACAAAAUGAAGAACUCACGAGAAGGUUACACGUUGUAGAGUCCAGCUUGCAACAGGGUGGAACAGACCCAGAAGUUGAUCUGUCAUUCUCCACUCCGAAUGGCAGCAGUCGAGAUGAAAGAAAGGAGGCUGAAAGACCCCCGAAGGAGGCUGAAAGACCACCUGAGGCUGAUGGAGGACCAAAUAGAGGUGAGCCUUUUGAAGCCGAAAAAGGUGCGUCGUCAACGCCGAUUCCUCCGAGAGGAGCCACGGAAUUUGCGGAGAAGUCGAUGGAAUUCAUGGUCCUCAUGAUGGAGAACAUGAAAGAAUUGCAAAGAAAGUUCAAUGAAGAUCGAGAUGAAACAGGAGCGGUCAGAGGGAUCGAGGUUGUUAGAGCGGGUCCUCAUGAUUUACCGGCUCUACCUGUCUGGAGCUCAACUCAGGCUCCCUUGCAACUCACAGACUGGCUGCUGCUGAUCGAACCGGUGGUCUCCGAUUUGUCGGCCACUGCAGAGACUUGGUGGAAGCUGGUUCUCAAAGAGGCUGAGGUCUGGUAUCAGGGGCAUAUGCAGCUGUCUCCUCUUGAAAGGCUUCAACAAGGACGAGAACCACCACCAUCCUUGGUUCAAGAGAAAUGGCAACGCCUAGAAAGGCGAGUGGCGGCGAUGAUGUUGCAGGCCGUCCCUGAACAAGUCAGAGAGGAGCUUGUGUCAAGUAGGAGAAUGUCUGUCUUCUCUAUCAUCACGCACCUCUACGUGACGUACUGCCCAGGAGGAGUGUCUGAGAAACAUACCCUCCUCAAAAGUCUUGAAGAACCUUCUGAAGUCAGUUCUUUAAGUGAGGCGCCUACUGCUUUGAGGAAAUGGCUUCGAUGGCGCCAGCGAGCCACUGAGAUCGGCGCGACCAUGCCGGACCCAACACUGCUAGUGCGUGGAUUGCUGAAGAUGACUCGCAAGGUUUUGGAGUCCAAUCGGGAACUGCAGUUUCGUGUUUCCCUAGCACGACAUGGCCUUGGCAUUGACACGGUGCCCACUAUUGACAACGUCACAAAGUUUGCCAUGCACUUGCUUUCGGAAUGUGAACAACUGUCACAGAUGGAAAAGAAACCGCCUGCAUCAAACGCCAAGGUGGAGCCAAAGAUCAAGUCCAUGGAGCACGAGAAGGAAGAAGGCAACAAAGGGAAAGGAAAAGGAAGGGAGCGAAGUGGUGAGGAGGAGAAAACCGAUCGUCAAAGGGUCAAGUGUCGAUUCUUUCUCACUACAGAAGGCUGCCGUAAAGGUCGUGAUUGUCGGUUCUCACACUCAGAGAAGGAUGGCAAGAGGCGAUGCUACACUUGUGGCUCCACGGAGCACAUGGCUCCAGAUUGUCCAAGGAAGGGCACUGGCGAAGGAUCGCCGCCAAAGCCAAAGGCUGCAAAGAUGGACGGAGAAGGAACACAAAGCGCAGGGAAGCAAAGAGAAGAAGGUGGACCAGAUUCAGAGACGAUGAAGGGCCUCAUAGAGGAGGCCAACAAAAUGCUGCGGUCUUUGACUUCUGCCUCAGCGUCUUCAGGCUCUUCAACCACAUCAAGAAACGAUGAAGAUGGUCGAAGUGAAGUGUUGUCCCGCCUUCAAGCUCAGCUCAACUCACUGAAGGCGUUCAAGCUUGGUCGCAUCAGUACAGGCCAAGGAAAAGGUUUGAUAGACAGCGGUGCAACUCAUCCUCUUCGUUCAUCCAAAAGUGAGGAGGAGCACUCGAGCUUGAGGGAAGUUGAGGUCACCCUUGCAAAUGGAGAAUGUGUUCGGCUUCAUAUGACAUCAGCUGGUUCAAUGAUCACAAGCGAUCAGAACAUUGAGCCCAUUGUCCCCAUGGGACUGUUGAUUGACUUGUUGGGAUGUGAAGUCUCUUGGAAAAGGGGUGUCUUGCAAUUGAAACACCCUCAAAGAGGCCUGCUACAUGUAGAAGAUUGCGGCGGAUGUCCACAAGUUACAAGGAAGCUGGCUCUUGAGUUGAUCUCAGAGAUUGAGGACGCCAAACGAGGAGUACAACUCAAUCGGAUCUCUUUUGAGGAGGAGGUUCAAUGGAUGAAUCAGUUGAUCUCGGUUCAUCCGAUUCUCUCUGGCCUUCCAGAUUGGCUGAAGAAGCGGCUUGUUGUGGAACCUGCAGAUUGGAGUCACAUUCCAGCGGAUAGGAGACAAAGGAGGACGAUGAGACAAGAAGGCUUCGUUCUUCAUCUCUACUCUGGUGAUGAAAGUGGCUUCACUCUGAAGAGGUCACUCAAAGGACAAGGAGGGCGAGAUAGGUUGCUCCUUGAGAUCGACAAGAAACAUGGUCCUGCUCAUGACAUGGAAAAAGACUCAGGACCAUAUCCGAGUUUGCUUCGUGCGGCUUUGGAAGGGAAGCUACUAGCUGUGGUUGGUGGCCCCAAUUGUCGAAGCCGAAGUGUUUUGCGCCACAGACCAAUUGAAGGACAGCCUGAUGCUCCACGUCCGAUUCGGAAUUGGGGAGGAGGAGAAUUUGGAGCGUCAUGGGCCAAUCCAAGGGAACGCGCUAUGUUACGAGAAGAUGAUGUCCUGAUGUGGCGCAUGCUGUUCUUGUUCAUGGUUGCCGAGUAUACAAGAAAAGCUCAGCUGAAACCUGAUCCAGUACACUUGGUGCUGGAGCAACCAGCAUCACCAAAGGCAUAUCAACCGGAUGUCGUCUCCUUCUGGGACACUGCAGAAUGGCAAGGUCUUCGCAAGGAGUUCGAGCUCAAAGAAGUGACGUUCAACCAAGGAAAGUUGGGAGGUCUUGCUCCAAAGCCUACGACACUGGGAACCACGUUUGACAUGUCUAUGGAGGAGUUUGAAAUGCCUCCCCAACAACCUGAACGGCAUGUCACCAGCUCCAAACAGUUGGAACGCUGGGCACCUGGUCUCAUGAAUGCAAUCAGUGCUUCCAUCAUCAAAGAAGUCUACAAGCAGAGCCCUCAGCUGAAGGUUCUUUCGUGGGAUGAACAUGUGAGGUUUGGACACGUGCCGUAUCGCAAAGAUUGUUUUGUGUGUCAGCAGUCAGCCCAGCAAGUCUUCCCACAUCGAAAGAAUCCUUUUCCACAACCAGGAGUUUUAGCCCUUGACACUUGUGGGCCACUGCUUCCCGCAAGUGAUGUCGGAAGCUGGAAGUGCCGGUAUUUCCUUGCCGGGGCAUAUACUUUCAUGGUUCCAAAGGGUUCUUCGAAGAUGACACCUCCUCCAGAAGAAGAAGGAAAUUUAGAUGCAGCCCCCGCCCUUGAAACCGGCGAGGUGGGCUCGGACGUGGCCCCUGCGCAGGAGUUGCAGGGACCCAUUCGGCUCCCGUCUGACGGUGAGGCCGUGGCCCCUGCUGAGGAUGUGCAGGGACCCAUUCGGCUCCCGUCCGGUGGUGACGCUGCGGCCCCUGCGGAGGAUUUGCAGGGACCCGUUCGGCGCCCACCCGUGGGCGAGGCCCCAGGUGAUCUUGCUCCUGAAGGGCCCCCACAAGAAGAGGAGGAGGAAGACAAGGAAGAAAAAGGGGUGGAACAGGAGGAGGCAGAGAUCCGUCUGUUCAAGCUGGUUCUGCCGUUGAGAUCAAAGAAGGCUAAAGAAGUUACUCGAGCUGCCAUGGAAAUGAUCUUGAAGUUGAAAAUAGAUGGAUACCAUGUGAACAGAAUUCACAGUGACAGAGGUCAUGAGUUCCUGGGCUCCUUUGAGACUUGGAUGAAGUCCCGUGGCAUCAUCCUCACCAAAACAUCGGGAGAUGACCCGAAGGCCAACGGGAGGGCAGAAGUGGUGGUCAAAUCCGCCAAGAAUCAAGUGAGAAGGAUUCUGCUCCAUGCUGAGGUGGACUCAUCUUGGUGGCCUUGGGCAUUGCGUUACCUGAAUGAGGUUUAUCGAUGCCAGCGGUUGGAUCAAGCACCUGAGUUUCCUCGGUUUCUCCAAGAUGUGCUGGUGAGGAGGCGACAGUGGAAAAAGAAAGCCUUUGAGCCCACGGUUGAAACCGCCAAGUACUUGUGCCCAGCGCCAGAAGAUAAUGGGCACUGGAUCAAGGUGGGUGACGAACCGCCGAGGGUGACUCGAUGCUUCAUGAGGAAGGCGCUUGAACAUCCUGAUGAAGGAGUAUGGCUGGCAGUAGAAAGAGAGGUGGCAGAUGCUCUGACAAAGCGUCGGCGACUGAGAGGAAAGACUACAGUCAGAAAAUUGAGGAUGACAGAAGAAGACGAAGAAGAUGAUGUAAUGAAAGUGGCCAAGAUGAGAGUUCAGUUCACAAAGGUUGUCGAGGAGGAGAUGAGGAGCAUGCUUGAUGACGACCCAGAACUGGUCUCAGAAGAGAUCGAGAUCUUGGCCAGGCUGAAAAAGAUGCUGAAUGCGGCAGAAGGAGGAGAGGACGACGAGGUGUUGCAGACUCGCAUCAUCUCACCUCAAGAAGUAUCAAAAAGAUGGAGUGAGUGGCUCCCAGCCAUAGAAGCGGAAGUCAACUCCCUCUUGCAAGAAAAGGAAGCUAUGGAGGAGAUCAGUGGGAGCAGACUGAAAGAGCUGCUUCAUGAAGCAGAGGAGAAUGGCGUGGCUGUGGAGUUUUUGCCUUCAAAGUUGGUGUUCACGAAGAAGCCUGGAAAGAAGGGCGGUCGGCCCAAAGUAAGGUGGGUCAUCUGCGGAAACUUUGAACAGAAACGAGAUGACGAGUCCACCUACUCUAGCGGGGCGGAUGCUGCUGCUUUGAGGCUUCUCCUGGUCACUUCAUCGAGGAUGCAGUGGACAGCCGGCACCAUCGAUGUGAAGACAGCAUUUUUGAAUGCUGUCAUGGAUCAGCAGGGCCAAAAGACUUUGCUCCUCGUCAAGCCUCCACAAUUGUUUCUGGAAAAAGGCUACAUGAAGCUUGGCACCUACUACCUCCCCAAAAGGGCAGUCUACGGCUUGCGACGCUCUCCAAAGCUUUGGGGUGAAUGCCGAGACGAAGGCCUGGAGUCGAUGGAGAUAGAAGUGGAGGAAGAGACUGGUCAAAAAGUCCUCUUGGAGCUGCUUCCUCUUGAAUCAGAACCCAACUUGUGGAGAAUUCAGUCGAAAGAGGACUCAGAAUUGGAGAAGGAAGAUUCUGCUCCGCUGCCAUUGAGAGGUCUUCUGAUGACUUAUGUCGAUGACAUUUUGGUCACCGGCAGUUCUGCAGUAGUCCAAGCUGUCAUGGAGAAAAUCAGAAGCACGUGGACGACUACGGAACCAGAUCAAGUGAAUGAAGUGCCCAUCAAGUUCCUAGGAGUGGAGAUCUCGAAGGUGUUUGAUGAAAAGAAGGGUCGAGACUUAUGGUAUAUGAGUCAAAGCUCAUACAUACAAGACCUUCUGGCUCAAAGCGAGAAGGAAAUUUCCGAGAAGAAGGUCCCCAUCACCAGGGAUCAGGGCCAACUUCCAGAUCAGGAGGAACACCGUACUCCUGAACUCGUCAAGCUUGCUCAGAAGGCAACAGGUGAGAUGCUUUGGCUUGUCACUCGCACCCGCAUUGACCUGAUGUAUGCGGUCUCAAAGAUGGGAUCAAAUGUAACCAAGUCACCAAGGAAGGUCCUUCAGAUCUAUGAGCAGAUCAAGGGCUACCUCAAAAAGACCGUUUAUCAUGGUCUAUGCUUUGACGGAGCUGCGCCUGAGAUGAUGAUGAUUGAGGCCAUGGCAGACGCAAGUUUUGCGCCUGAUGGUGAUGUAAGCCAUGGAGCCUUCAUCAUCGAAGUCGGCCAAUGCCCAGUUUUCUGGAGGAGUGGGCGUCAAAGCUUUGUCACACUGUCCACUGCAGAGGCUGAGAUGAUGGAAGUUAUAGAGAGCAUGGUAGCAGGUGAAAGUAUAGGUGCCAUAGCUGAUGAGCUGUUUGGAUCUCUCUCUCGCAAAAGCUGGACCGAUUCACAAUCUGCCCUGGCGAUUUUGACCACAGAUGGCGGCUCUUGGAGGACGCGACACCUCCGUCUGAGAGCUGCAGCAGCGAGACAUUCCAUUGCUCAAGGAAUGUGGGUGAUCCAGCAUAUGGCUGGGUCGAAAAUGACGGCAGACAUCGGCACGAAACCGCUUGCUUCAGAAAGACUCAAGCAGCUCAAGGAAGAAAUGCACAUGGUAGAAGUUCCCCAUGCGAAAGUGGAGAAUGUGAACCACGCUCCGCUACCAUUGCAGAAAAAACCCGGGGAAUUGAAAGAAAGGUUCAGUGGAGAAGAGGAGAUUAAGAAAGCAGCGUCAAUUGUGAGGCUGCUCACCCUUGCGGCCGUUCUUUCGGUUGCGAAGAGCGAGGAUGAAGAUGAAGAUUGGUCAGAAGAUGGCCACAGCCAAGAGUUUACAGCCAUGAUGGUGAUCUUUGCUCUGGUCAUCGUGGCUGUUACUCUGUUGUGUCAAAAAUUCUGGGUUCUGCUGCGAAGCCAGUUGCACCUGAAUAAUCAGAAUACCAAAGGGAAAGAAGAAAAGGGAAAAGACGGUGACGCCGUGGCCCCUGCAGAGGAUGUGCAGGGACCCAUUCGGCGCCCGUCAAGCGGCGACGCCGUGGCCCCUGCAGAGGAUGUGCAGGGACCCAUUCGGCGCCCGUCAGGCGGCGACGCCGUGGCCCCUGCUGAGGAGAUGCAGGGACCCAUUCGGCGCCCGCCAGGCGGCGACGCCGUGGCCCCUGCUGAGGAUGUGCAGGGACCCUUUCGGCGCCCGCCACGCGGUGAGGCCGUGGCCCCUGCUGAGGAGUUGCAGGGACCCAUUCGGCUCCCGCCAGGUGGUGAGGCCGUGGCCCCUGCGGAGGAAUUGCAGGGACCCAUUCGGCUCCCACCAGUGGGCACGGCACGGGUUGAGACAUCAUCUCCCCAGCUGCCUCCACAAGUGGAUGUGGCCCAGGUUGAGCAGACAGCUCCUUCGGUCUUCCCACAAGAUGAGAUAUCGUCGAUCUCCUCAUCUGGAAGCAGUCCGCCAUAUCGCCCCGUUGAUGAAAGACACAUCCCAGAUUUCGAUGUGGAAAGAGCAUUAGAAGAGAUCGCAUCGGAAGAAGCAGAACUAUAUGAGGUUCGGAAAAAGAUCCUCCAAAGCUUUGAAUCCGCUGAAAGAGGCGUUCUCUUUACAGCAGGCCUUUCACCCGCCACCCUGCCUUGCAAAGGAGUCAGCGCGGUGAUUUUGAUUGGUCUACCCUCCUCGGCCAAAGAUGCCAAGCAACUGCUGGACUUCGUGACCCGCUGCGUGCGCACGGGGAAGGAGCUGGCUCCUGUGACCGCCUAUUUGCUGGCCGCAACAUUUGAAGCUGAGAUCUUGAGCCGCGGAUCCCAGCGGAGAUUCUCCAGAGGGCGGGAACGCCUAGGCCUGUUGGCCGAUGCGCAACUGGUACCUGCCGAUCUGAAAGGAUACUCUGCGCCUCUGGAGGAAGCACCUCUGCACGAGAAGUUGGUGUCCAAGGCCUAUUUCACGUGGCUGAGGCACUACGGCCUCCACCCCACGCUGUCGCUGUCGCAGAAGCGUCUCCUCGUGGCGAGUGCACGCGACUUUGCCCUUGCCCUCGGGGCUGCGCAGCCGCAGCUCACGCGACAGAUGGCGGACGAUAUGAGAGCCUUGGCGCGGGGACAUACGAUUGUUUGCACACUCUUCGAGCCUGAAAAGAGACCCCAACAAGGUGAAGAGAAAGCCUGUGUGGUGAUCUGCCACGGCAACGCAUGUUGUCGUCUGGAUGCCUUCCACCAGGUUCAUUGCUUCCUGCCUUUGAACAUCGCUGUGUGCUGCUUCGACUUCUCUGGAUCAGGCAUGAGUGGCGGCGAGUACGUGUCCUUGGGCUUCUUCGAGAGGGAUGACUUGGCGUCCGUCAUCCAGAACCUCCGGGAGAGAAGGGCCUACACCCGAGUGGGUGUCUGGGGAAGAUCCAUGGGGGCGACCACCGCGGUCCUCCACAGUGCGCGCGACCCUUCACUGGCGGGGGUGGCGGACAGCCCCUUCAGCGACCUUUGGAACCUCAUGAAGGAGAUUGUGAACUCCAAGUUGAGGGUGCCGGACAUCAUGUGCCGUCCGGUUUUCGAGGGGAUCCGCCUGGCGAUUCAGCAGCAGGCGGGCUUCGACAUUUGUGAGGUGUCUCCUCUGAAGCACCUGGACAGUUGUUUUUUGCCCAUCUUCUUCUUGCACGGAGAAGCGGAUGCCUUCGUUCAGCCGCACCACUCGGAGCUGCUGCGCAAGGGUUGGAAGGGCGAGGCCACGCGGGUCACCAUGCCGGACACGGAGCACAACGACCACCGUGAAGAGCGUUUCAUUGCCCGCGCAGCACUUUUCAUGGUAAGGGCCUUGCGUUGGGAGAGUUACCUAGACAAUCUGGCCUUGGAAGCGUUGACGAAGGGUUUGCUUCCCACCACCACCAACCUCUCGCGCGUGCAGUCCAACUUGAAUGGCUCAGCGACCUUGAUGGCGGCGGAACAUUUUGAGAAGCUGGCCUUGUCCAGCGAGAUUCGCGAGAUGGCCAUGUCCCGGGAUGUGUCGGAACGCCAGCUGGGGCUGGUGUUGGCUGCCGCCGAGCUGAGUGGUGCUUACAAGGGAGCCGAGAAGGUCACCCUGGGCCCUGCAGGUUCGACGAGGAUGAAGUUGCCGGGAGCCUUUCAGGGCACCAUCUGUUUUGGAAAGGACGACAUCGAAGUGGCCUUUGGCUGGGUGGGUGGGACCCUGCCAUCCAUGGGUCACAUCGUGCAGUUCGCAGUGCUUUCCGCCACAGCCUUGAGCAUUUCUCGGGUGAUCUUGAAACCGCUCAAAGGCGGUGGCUUCUCCACUACCGGGGUGGAACAGUUGUGCAUGGAGGCGGUGGAACUGCCACUCAGAAAGACCUUGGAAUUUCAGCUCUUUAUGCCCGAGGGCUUUUGGACCCAAAUUGUGGUUGGCAGUCACCAGCUCAGCAGCUCCGAGCUGCCCAGCACCGAGAAGUUGGAAGCGGCCACCUUCGUGGAGCCCUGCUGCUGGUGCUGGCGGAAUGGCGCUAAGCUGGACGUGACCUUGAACCGCAAUGCGGACUUGGAACCGCCGUCCCCAAGGAGGGACGGCAAGAACCGCACCAUGUCGUAUGGCAACGCACCCAAGGAACAGCUAGCUGGGGAGCUGGCAUCAUUGGUGUGUGCCAUGCCUUCCACGGCUCAGUCUUAGACCACAGCGAUCGCAGGGCGAGUCAAAGACAUGCAACCAUCGUUUACUGCGAAGAGGGAAAUGGUGGCUAUGCCAACUGAGAACAAGCCGCAAGUCCCUGGAUUCGUCGGGCCAGGUAAAGCCAUGAGAGGGGGACGGUUUUUUACAACGGCCGGUGAGGAGUUGUAAC